AUGUACUGCCUAUUUUUGCUUAGCGUCUUGUGGACCUUGUCAACUGCAACUCCAGCUGCUAUUCCUGAGUUUGUUUUUGACGGAGAUGCUCCUUACAAUAUUCCAGCAGAUGCCCUCCGGGCGUCGCUCACUUGUCCAAAUGGCACACCUAAUUCCAAUGAUAAACCAGUGCUUUUGGUUCAUGGCACAGGAAGCACUGGCAACGAGAGCUGGGGCCGAGGUUUCGUCCCUGCCCUAGCUGAGACGGGCAUGAAGGCCUGUUUCACGAACUUACGUGAGACUGAGGACACUGCCAAUUCUGCCCUUGUGGCCUUUCUAGCUGCUGACUUGUUUCUACUUUUUAGCAAAUCGAUCUAUGUCGGACGCCCAAUAGCUGCAAUUGGGCAUUCACAAGGCAGCCCGAACAUCCAGUGGGCUUUACGGUUCUUCCCCUCCACUCGCAAUGCCGAUGUGACUCGGGCCUUUAUAGCCAUGAGCCCUGAUUUUGCUGGGGUUGGCUUUGAUGGUAUAGCUGCAUUUUGCGAUAUCAUCGAUGGUGUCCGUUUCUGUACUCCUAGCUUAUGGCAACAGGCAGCUGGAAGCAACUUCAUGAAGGCCCUCAACGGUGGGUCACAUGGGAUCAACCGUGCGUAUGUCCCCACGACAAUUGUCUGGUCCAGGACGGAUGAGAUUGUGGUUCCUCCUUAUCAGAACAGCCGGCUCUCAGGGGCGGUUAUGAUCGCUGCUCAGGACUUGUGCCCACUCCGAGUUGUCGGCCAUCUCCUCAUGACUAUUGACGCCGCUGGUUUUGCAAUUGCACUUGAUGCGCUGAACAACGAUGGACACGCCAACGUUUCUCGAAUUGACGAAAGUGUAUGCCGGAAUUUUUUGGCUCCCGGAAUGAAUCCAACACUUGCAUCGUUGACUGAGGCCGGAACUAAUGAUAUUGUGAAAGGGUUCCUACUAGGAGGACCAAAGACUAAGGAGGAGCCUGCACUCCUGCCAUAUGCUGUAUAA